GAGGCUCAAGCGUCCGCGUCCCAAGCGGUUCCGCCAAUACCCUUGCCGAAGCCGGGACCCUCGGAAGACGGAGGUGGUGUCUUUGUGAAGUACAAGGUUCACGAAUCCAGCACCGGGGCAGACCCAUCGGUGGAGGUCAAGCUGGAGCCCCUCUGGCGCCGCAGCACCCUUGUCGAUCUUGCGAAGGAUGCUGUUGCCGACAUCCUCCAGGUGCAAGCAACCGCUGUGAAGCCGGAUCGUCCACUGAUGGACCUGGGCUUUGAUUCCGCGGGAGCUCUGAAACUCAGAAACAAGCUGAGCAGGCGCCUGAAGAUUGAGCUGCCUCCCACACUUCUUUUUGACCAUCCCACCAUCAACGACAUGGUGGACAAUGGUAUUGCACUGCUGUCCAAGAGGCCGAUGACUCCCGCGCACGCUGAUGGCGUUCCUGCAACCACCCAGCAGGGGCCAAUCUCGCAUCAUGUCAUAGUUUCCACUUCUUGCCAAUUCCCUGGUGGCGCCAACAGUUUGAAGCUCUACUGGGACAUGUUGGCAGACAAAACGGAUGCGGUGAUUGAAGUCCCACUUUCACGCUGGGACCAUGAACUCUACUACUCACAGGAGCCGCAGGAAGGAAAGACAUACGCCCGCCAUGGUGGCUUCGUCGAGGGUACAGACCUCUUCGACGUGACUUACUUCGGACUGGGCAGUGCUGAGGCGAGGACCACCGAUCCACAGCAGCGGAUGCUGCUGGGAGCAGCCUACGACGCGCUGCGAGGUGAUGGCUACGACAAGGCGUUGCUGCAGAACAAUCCUUUGGGCGUCUUCACCGCUCUCAGCAACAUGGAGUGGUUUCAUUUGGCAGUGUCGAAACCUGGAGUCUAUACAGGGCCUGGUGUGUCCAGUGCCAUUGCGGCGAACCGGAUCAGCUAUGUGUUCGGCCUCAAGGGACCCAGUAUGACGAUUGACACAGCAUGCUCCUCAUCGCUGUCCGCUCUACAUGCAGCACUGCGGUCUCUGGAGGUCAGUGCUGUGUUUAAAGAAAGGUUCCCGACAUAA